AUGUUAAGAAGACGACUAUCUUAUUUGUUAUCAGCUUCAAUACGCAAUGCUUCAAUCUGCAAUGCUUCAAUCUACACCAAACCCGACUCAAUACUCUUACCCAUUUCAUCAUCUCAACAAUUCUCAUCGUUACAUUGCCGACAAUGCCCUAAUGUUGGCUCUAUGUUGAAUGGAUUGUUUGGGUCUCAAAGCAUUAGGGCUUAUAGUCUUUUGAGCUUGAAUGAUCUGAGAGAUAAUAAGGGAGCCAGAAAGCAGAAGACUAGGAAGGGUCGUGGAAUUGGGUCAGGGAAGGGCAAGACUGCUGGGAGGGGUCACAAGGGUCAGAAAGCUAGGGGGACUAUGAAGUUUGGGUUUGAAGGCGGUCAGACUCCGCUCCGUCGCCGGUUGCCUAAACGCGGGUUUAAGAACCCCUUUAGCCUAACAUUUCAGGAUCCAUUGGCUCAACAAAGAUACUACUAUGGCCACUACAAAGAUCCAGCUGAUCUUGAAAGAACAUUAGAGAAAACACUUACUACGAGGUCAGAGAAACUAAGAGAAAAAAUAAAAUUGAGUGAUGAAAGAUUUUGGCUCACAGAGAAUUUCCAAGGGCUAGAAAAAUAA